GCGACGCGGCUAUACUUCACACGACUUAUUGAAAUCCUUUGAACUAAAAAAAGUUUUUUGUCCUUUGUAAUAAAUACAAAAUUGUGAGUGUAUUGUGGAUUAUUUCAUGAUGAUCGAUUGAUAUUGUGCGGCAUUGUAAUGUCCGCCAUCAAGUAUCUCUCCACGGAAGAUGAUUAAAUGCAUGUGGAAGACGGCAUUCUUCUUUUUAGUAUGGUUGUGCAAUGAUGUAGUGUCGAAGCGAAAUCACACCCUGAAACCUAGAGUUGUUCUACCGGAAACAUACGUCAAAGAAAUGCGCCCUCCUUCACGCAAAGGACAACCAGUAAUUGUUGAAUUUAGUAUAUAUGUUGUGGAUGUAAAUUCAAUUAAUGUUGAAGAUAUGGAUUUUAGAGUGGAUAUGUUUAUAAGACAAACGUGGAUCGAGAGCCGUCUUCAGCUACCUGAUGAUAUAUUCGAGGAAGGCGAUAAUCACGUCACCCUACCUCCAGAAUUUUUUGAUAAUCUGUGGCAUCCAGAUCCUUAUUUUUUGAAUUCUAAAGUCACAGAAAUAGCAGAACUCACCCACAAGUUUUCCUCCGUAACGUUAUACAGGAAUCAAACUGUCAGAUAUGCUGCAAGGAUGCACGCCAUCAUCGCCUGUCAGAUGGAAUUUCAACUCUAUCCUAUGGACAUACAGUCGUGUCCUAUAUAUAUAGAAAGUUUUUCAUACAGUAAUCAGAAAGUGCGGUUCAAGUGGAGUGAAGCUGGGGUGACGAUAAAUCCGGAAUUAAAGUUACUUCAGUAUAACAUCGGUGAGCCAUUAAGAUUAGAGGAGACUAAUGGAUUGAUGAUCGAUAAAGAGGGAAACUUCUCUCGCCUGGUGGUAUACUUUCGCUUUGAGCGGCAAAUCGGUCAUCAUCUUAUACAGACCUUCGCUCCUUCCUCUCUAGUAGUGAUGCUGUCAUGGUUUAGCUUCUGGUUGGAUCUGGAUGCAGUUCCUGGAAGAGUAACUCUACUUGUCACAUGUAUGCUGACCUUGGUCACAAUGUUUACAGGCCUAAGAGCUGAUAUACCUCCCGUUGCUUAUGUAAAGGCAUUAGAUCUGUGGAUGGCUGGUUGCAUGAUGUUUGUUUUCGCUGCCCUUAGCGAAUUCGUCGUUGUUAAAGUCUUAGACAAACAAUAUCAAAUGAACAAGUCGAGAGCCCAAGAAGCCAUACCACGAAUAAUACCAGUUCGCAUAAAUGGCGAGAAGGGAUCCUGUGGCACAGUUGCCGCCUGGGAGGGAAGUGGGGUCAGAUGUCGCAAGGUUGACCUUACCUCACCCGCAUCUCCCCCAGCCACAACCCCUGCGGUGCAUUCUAACCCAGCCGCCCCCACCCACCUCGUAGGGGAACGAAGGCAAAGUAUAUUGCAAGUUGCGUGGCUGGAUGCAGAUACAGGACAAGAAAGAGUAUUAUGGCGGGAAAUAGACAAACUAUCGAGAAUUGUAUUUCCUGCUUUGUUUCUGCUCUUCGUUACCUUAUACUGGCCUGUGUUACUGUUAAAAACAAAGAGUUCUUCACAUUAAAUAAUUUACGUCUUAUUUCAUGCAGAAAAAGAUGACAGGGUGACAUAACUUGAAAUAUCUUAGGAGUGUAUCUCGCUCUCAAAUCUUGACUUUCCUUUGACGAGCAUUGUACCUUGGGAUCGCACAUUCCAAAGUUGCCACAUCAACUCUGCGGAUAUUAACAGCGCUACAUCGAAUUUGCACACAGAAACGUCGAGAUUGGGGUCACUGUCAAGUUACAGAGUGAGAGUUCUGGUCUAGAAAAGUCGAGAUUAGAGAAAGAUCUUAAUACAUUCUUAAUUCUGAAAAAAAUAAGUGUAAGAACAUAUUUUAUAACUUUUUCUUAAAAUUCUAAGAAACUCACAGAAACAUUGUAGAAAGAAAAUAUGUAAGUAAAACUUGUGUACAAGUGAAAAUUCGAAACGAAAAUAUUUUAGCCAAAAAAAAUGAUCAAAGAAUAUUUGAUAUAUUUACUUGUUAUGAGAAUUUUUUUCGUUGAACACGUCUGUGCCGAGAGCACUUAAUAGAA